UGGCCGUCUAGAUCCAACGAUUGGUGGCGCUAUUCCAAUUUAAUGGGAGCACAAAAUGGCGGACUACGGGCACGAUUCUGGCGGCAGAGUGAAGGGCAUUAAUCUUGUUAAGCCCAUUGUUUAUGGCAACAUCUCACGUUACUUUGGCAAGAAACGGGAGGAGGAUGGACACACCCACCAGUGGACGAUCUACGUCAAACCACAUCGAAACGAGGAUAUGUCCACUUAUGUCAAGAAGAUUCAGUUCAAACUCCACGAGAGUUACGCCAACGCACUUAGAGUUGUCAGCAAACCACCCUAUGAGAUACAGGAAACGGGCUGGGGGGAAUUUGAAAUCAUCAUCAAAAUCUUCUUUGUGGAUCCAAAUGAAAGACCGGUGACGUUGUAUCAUUUUCUCAAGCUCUUCCAAACGGACACCAACCUCUUCUUGGGCAAAAAGACAUUAGUGUCGGAACACUACGAUGAAAUGAUUUUUCAGGACCCUACAGCCAUGAUGCAGCAGCUUCUAUGCAGUUCCAGAGUUCUGACGCUAGGAGCUCAUAAACAUGAGACAGACUUCAACGAACUGGAAGAGAAGACUGUCGUUGCGCUCCAGUCAGCCCGGAAGAAGAUUCGAUUUGAGAUCACGGAGCUGAACGAGCGACUGAAGCAGAGCAAGGACACUAUCACCCACUUCAAGGAAGAGAUCCGGAAACUGGAAGAGCAGGAAAGGAGGAAGGAACGGGAGAAGGUCAAAGAGAAGGUCACAUGAUGAGUGGGUCAUGUGAUCUCCGGGUCACCUUGUGAACUGUAACUUGACGUUCCAAAACUGCAACUUCCUAUUUUGACUUCAAAUGUUAAGCGUGCUUAUUGUCCAUGAAGCAUUCUGCUCAGCUGACGUAGUAUGGAUGUCUCAUGCAGACGUUGAAUAGCAGAUACAAUACGGACAAGCUGGCCUAGUGAGGGCUCUAUCUCUGCUAGCCACCAGGCGCCUGCAACCGUAUAUCCCAUAGUGGAGUUUGCUUGCAGUAUGCUCCAAAUACAGAUCUCAUUCGCCACGGUGUAGCACCUUUAAUUACAAUGAUUCAUAGCAAGGCCCCAUUUGAAUCUCUGGUUUUGAAAUAUUGUCCAGGUCUUUGAAUAUUGACCUAGGGCGGUUUGCGAGUAAGCCACGCCCCUUAGACAACCCCUAUGCAGUUUUUGCACACUGUGUUUUGUUUGUCUCAGAUUUUGCGCGUUCCGCGUCCAUUUGUAUAUCAUGUACAUUGUAAUUGGACAAUAUUUCACAACUGCGUUAAUGUGAUUCUACCGCGAUAGGUCAAUUACAGUGGCGCAUGCUGUCAAAAGAGGACGCGUUUUAUCACUAUUGAGUACGCACGACUUCUGAAUGUGUCAAAGCUAUUAGACACAGUGUCUUCGCGUGAGCGUCCGGCAUUGUCGGCGCACGAAUGCGUUCAAAUCACUUGCGAUGGUCUCCCAGACUAAUUCCCGUCUCCAAUAACUUUGGAUCAUUCGAAACAUGCAGUGAAUGAACCGGGAACCAGUGUAGGUCUCCCCCAACUCUCCUGUUUUGGCCGUUAAAUGGGUACUUGUGCACGGAGCCCUGUCUACAGAGCGUGUAAGUCUCGCCAGUCCACGUUCACUUUUCAUGUGACCAUCUCGGUACCAAACACUGACUAGGGUUGUCACAGAUCUGCGUUUCAAUUUAUCGACUGAACGGAAGUUGAGGUCAACAAUUGUAAUUUAAUAAAAGUCAUCAAUUUGCAAUAUUUUCAAUAUGUUGUAAAUUGUAAAGCUUUUUCUUUCGAAAUAUUCAUUGAUUGGAUCGGGCCAGUAAGGACACAAAAAAUGUUUUAAAAAAAGGGAAUUACACAAGUUGUAGAUCCUAUACGUGGUUCCCCGGAUAAAUCGUAAAAUCCUGCCGAUUUCUUAGGUCAACUUAGGUGCUCAAUAGAACUAGCCAUAGCUUUGACACAGAUGUGGCCUAACAUACUCGGCUACAAGUGAACUGGAGAAAGAGGAAUUACAUUUUUAUUCUGCCAAUCCUCCUAUUAAAAAAAACAAGAAAUUCAGCUUUUGUCCAUCCUAACAAUUUCACAAACUCAGAUCAUCUCCUUUAUUUAUUUAUCAGUGAAUUCACAAAGUUAUUUUAUUUUCGCAUCUGUCAAUUGUUACAUUUUGCAUCUUUGUUAGGAACUUUGAGUAUUGUACAUGUAAAUAAACUGUAAAAGUAA